AUGGGAGAUUCUGCGUCCUCUUCUUCUGUUCACCAAUCUCUUGGUGGUGGUUCAGGGGCCAAGUCUGUUUCACUACUCAACCGACCUUUGCCACCAAUUCAGAAUAUGGAAAUCCCUGAGGAGUUUGCAAUCAAGACUGCUGAUGAUAUCCGAGUUUUGAUCAACCAUGUACUCUCAAUUGCAAGUGAUAUCACCAUUGCUAGAAAUCCAAUUCGUCUGCUUCAGCUUGGCUAA